AUGCCUUCCUUCAUGAAGACCGCGGCCGCCGUCCUGGCCUUUGCUGCCGCCGCCACUGCCUUGCCAGCACACCCGAGGCUCACCCGGGGCCAGAUGAAGUUCUACGAGUACUCGAAGCGACAGAACGCCGCCGCUGCUGCCCUCGGCCUGACGGAUAUUGACAUCCUGCAAUUCGCCCUGACGCUCGAGUGGCUCGAGACGGCCUUCUACCAGCAGGGCUUCGCCAAGUUCCCGGCCUCGGACUUCCUGGCCCUCGGCCUGACCCAGGCGCAGGUCAACGACCUCAUCAGCAUCGGCGCCAGCGAGCAGGCCCACGUCGGGCUCCUGCAGGGCGCCAUCGCGCAGGCGGGCGUCAAGCCCGUCCAGCCCUGCACCUACAACUUUGGCUUCACCGACGCAAAGGGCAUGGUCGCCACGGCCGCCGUGCUCGAGAACGUCGGCGUGUCGGCCUACCUCGGCGGCGCGCCCCUCAUCGCCGACGGCUCCAUCCUCGGCACCGCCGGCUCCAUCCUGACCCAGGAGGCCCGCCACCAGACCUUCAUCCGCGUCGCCUCGCAGGUCGCCGCCGCCCCGGGCGCCUUCGACACCUCGCUGUCCCCCAAGCAGGUCUUCUCUCUCGCCGCGCCCUUCAUCCAGUCCUGCCCCGAGGGCUCCAACCUCAUCCUCACCGCCUUCCCGACCCUGACCAUGGCCGCCGGCGCGCCCGCCGCCGCCGCCAUCGGCUCCACCAUCAACGUCGAGUCCCAGGCCGCCGCCGGCGCCCAGUUCUGCUCCUUCACCAACGGCAACAUCGUCGGCGGCACCGCCUUCUCGCCCUUCACCCAGGGCACCGGCUGCACCGUGCCCCAGGGCCUCGCCGGCGUCGUCUACGUCAACCUCGUCACCCAGGCGCCCCUCACCGGCAAGAUCACCGACGAGAUCAUCAUGGCCGGCCCUAUGGUCAUGCAGAUCUCGUAA